UUCUGACCCGACCGAGCCGCUAAUUUCAGGAGCAGUGUGUCUUAUGUCCUCACGGGUAAAAAUGGCGGCAUCGUUGAGAUGGGUACUACAGCUACACAAGGACGUACCUAAAGCAGCAAGAUUUUACUCAGAAGGCUUAGAUUUCACCAUUAACGUCUGUACUCAUAGAUGGGCCGAGCUCCAAUCUGGGCCCCUCAAACUUGCUCUCAUGCAUUCACCCAGUGACGUUGUUGUGCAGAAGGGAUACUCAUCCCUCCUGUCCUUUACAGUUGCUGAUAUAAAUAACUCAGUGACUAAGCUAUUGGCUUUAGGUGCUGAGUUGGAUGGCCCCAUCAAAUAUGAAAUCCAUGGAAAGGUUGCUGCAUUGAGGUGUGUGGAUGGGCAUAUGCUGGGUCUUUAUGAGCCGUCCUAAGACUUACAAGAGACAACUACUUGAAGGUACAGUAAAUGAAAUCUCGACUUCUGUUACAAGGCAAAUUGGACAAAUUUUGCAGUUGGGUAUUGUUGAAAGAGAGAUUUCACUCUUGUUCAUGGAGGUGAAGCACAACAAGAGAGGAGAUAGUCAUUACAGUACCAAUUGUAUACAGCAAGAGACAAGCCAUUACAAUAGUUGAAUUCCUACUGUAUUUGUUUUGAUGAUCCAUUCUGGUUAACUAAACUAACCUACUAGUAGCUUUCUCGGAACUUGUAUUCGAGCAUUGCAAAUCAAUGUUAAGUAUAGAAUGAAAUCUCUAUGAAAAGGAUGUACAAUCAGACCUCUAUAAUAUAUAAAGACCUCUAUAAUAUAUAAAAGCCAAGUUUUCCUAA